AUGGAUAAAUUUAGGAAAAAAGAAUAUAUCUGUACUCCUAAUAAACAAAUUGAAAGUAUUGAAUUAAUUAAAAAAAAAGAGUAUAGUAAUUUAAUUAAAACAUUUAAAAAAGAAAUUGUGAAAUUUAAUAAAGAUAUAUUGGCAGAGAAGAAAGAAAAGGAAAUAAUAAAAAUGAUACCACUUAUUUUCGAAAAAUCAUGUGAAUUAAAAAAAAUAAAAGAUAAUAUUUAUGAUAAUAAUGAAAUUUCGGAUGAUACUGACUUAUUCAAGACUCCUCACAAAAAAGAAAACGAUUUUGGAAAAAAUUUAAAUCUCAUAAAAAAUUUUAGUUGUAAAAAAAGAAUUCGUACACCUUGUAAUUUUGAAAAAACAAAUAUUUUAAACUAUGAAGAAAAUGAAAAAAAUAUAUCUGUUUAUAGUACUCCAAAGAGAUAUAAAAAACGAGUUAGUGAAAAAAGGGAUUUAGUUUUGAAUUCAAAAAAUAAAAAAAAAAAAUCAUUAUAUGAAGAAUUGGAAUACUUGCAUACUCCAUUAAGAGAAAAAAAUAAAUAUAAUUUUGAAAAAAUAAACAAAAAUAUUGGAGAAAAAUGGAUAAUGAAUGAAUCAAAUGUGCAUGAUUUACCUGAAAAUAUUAAAAAUGAAUAUGUAUCUUAUUUAUGUAGUCCAUUAAAAAGAAGUGAACGAUUAAUAAAAACAAAAAUAAAUAAAAUGCUUAAUGAGAAUAAGGAAGUCUUAAAACAAGAAAAACUUGAAAAUAAUAAUGAUAAAAGUAGUAAUAAUAGCACUGAUAAAGAUAAUUCAAAAGUAAAAGAAAUUCAUUGUGAUUUUGAACCAGAAGAAGAAGAAAAAUGUUGGGACGAAUUUUACACACAAAGUGCAGACAAAAUAAAGCCAUUUACAGGGAUAACAACUGAAGUGGCUGUCAAUGUAAUAACAGAAUUAUUAAAAUCAAAAAUUAAGAAAAUAAAAAUUGAUGAUAAAGAAUUUUUUUCUCCAAUAACAGAAAAUGACACAAUAAUGGAAAUAGGUCAUGGAAAUCAUCCUUUAGCAGUUCAAAUGUUUGAAAAGUGGGGAACAGUGGGGAGAUACGUUGGGGUAGAAUUUAGUGGAGAAGCAAGUAAAGAAGCUUUGAAAUGUAAGAAACUGAAAAAUUUAUUAUUAAAGAGAAAAGUAGAAUUUAUAAAAGUGUUAAGCAUGAAUUAUUAUAAAGAAGAUUUUUUAAAUGGUGUUGUUGUUGAAUCUAAUAUAUCUCCAUCAAAUACAAAAACUAAUUUUAUUAAAUUAUACGCUUUUAAGUAUAUUUUUGCUAAAAGUACACUAGAUUAUAUCACGUGUAGAAUGGAUAAUAUUGGAAAUAGUUGCAACUGGGAAGAAGAUCUCCAAAUUUCACCAAGCGUUGUUGAAAUGUUUAAUAGUCUAUCGGAUUCUUUGCAUAAUUGUAAAAAUAAUAAAAAUAAUUCAUGCAUAAUUUUUAUUGAACCAAACAACUCUUCUAAAUUUAGAGAUCAUGUAUUGACUAUAUUUAAAGUUAUUUAUACUGCUACUUUCAAAUAUAAUAGUUCUGCAAAAUAUUUAAGGCUAUUUAAAAUUAUAAAUUAUAAUAAAGCUUGUGGUUAUAUGAUAGAAAAAAGGAAUGAAGUCUUUCAAAAUUUUGAGCAAAUAAGGCAAGAAUUUUUAAAAUUAAUUUUAAAAUCUUCAUUUACAAAAAAUAUGGAUGAAGUUGAUUGGUUUUUGCCUACACAGGAACCAAAAAAAUGGGUCAGCAACUCACCAUAUGAUAUUGAAUAUUUGGUGAAAUUAGAUAAAAAUUAUCUUUAA